AAAAGAUUAAUUUCAUCUAGGACAUGGAGCAAGUUUGCCUCUGGUCAGAUUGCUACCACCGCCGAGUUUUUUCAUUACAGGAACUUCUCGACUGGCGGUUUAUCAUCCGUAGAGAUUCUCUUCUUGUUUCCUUUGUCAAUUGCACUUAGUGAACAUCUUUUCUUAAGGGAUCAACACAGGUGGCUGAAUGCUUGUUCCUCCUAAAAUAGAUGUUGAAUCUUUAGUGCCCUUCUGCAAGUUGAGUUGCAUACAUCUGUAUAUUCUGGACGUUGGUUAUGUUGUUAAUCCGGGUACACCUUUGAUCUCCUCGCGCAAUUCUGUAGUUGAUAGUGCAUUGUCGAUGAAACAUCCAUUUUCAGAUCCUCUGGAAUCAAUAUAUUAGGAGUGAAAAGUCUGCAAGAGCUCAAAGGAAGUUUACCGUGUCAUUAAGUAUUAGAUAUAGUUUAUAAUAUCUGUCAUCUAUUUAUGUUCUCCCUUCUGUCAGCCUGUUGAUGGUGAGAUUCAGUUGACUAAAGAUUGUAUCAGAUUUAGUAUCUUCGCAUUGGAGACUGAUGUUUUGGAGCGUUGUAUGGUCAUUUCGUUCUCUAUUUGGUGGAGCUGAACACUAUUAAUCACUGUUGAUCGGCA